AUGGCCCACCAUGCGUCCCUUAGGGUCAAUCAGCUGUGCACCAAGGCCCGAGGGCUCGGCCUCAGGGUCGACCCGAGCAAGACGGAGGUCCACUACAUCCCCCCCCCCCGGCGGCGGCACCGGAGCGAGGCGUGGCAGGAUGGACACGACAACAAUCUCGACCCAGAUGGAGAGGACGUCCUUCCUCCCUGGGCCGCGGUUGACGGCCGCUUAGUCCCAUCUAGAUUCACGCCGGUGUGGUCGUCUCUCAUCAAGGUCGCGUACGCGGCACUCAGAGUGAUCUUCCCGGUGUGGCGGACGAUCCCGACCGCGUGGCUCUGGUGGCUAGCUGGCCUCUACCCAGAGUACCUGCUGGACAGAGAGCGGGCAAGGUGGAGAGCUCGCGUAGAGAUGCUGCCGGCCAACCAUCCUCUGUAG